AUGCUCUCGCUCGCGCAUAGGGUUCCCAUUGGCAACAUCCAAGGGCGCGAGGGCCUGUCCCUGGCGACAGCCUCGCGGUCUCUGCCCAGCGUGCAGCGCUCUCGGAUUUCCCUGUGGCCCAAUUCCGUGGAUGGCCGGCAGCCGGGGCCCUCGGGCCACGGGCGCACCCGCGUGCCGGCCGGUGCCGUGAUCGCCUCGAGCGCCGGGUCGCGGGCGCCGCUGCCGGCCAUGGCCGGAUCGCUGGCGGCCCUGCCGCACCGGCGGAUGGCCUCGCAACCGGGGUUCAUCGCGGCGCCGCGGGCCCUGACCCGGGUGCUGGCCUCGCCGGUGCUGCUCUCGACCAACUUCCUGCUGGGGAUCUCCCUGCGCAAUCGGGUUCUCUCCUCCAUGGACCGGGACAUUGCCUGGGUGUCGCAAAUGCGCGACCCGAUGUCGGUCAUCAGCCAUGCGGCACGGGUGCCGGGCUUCAUCGAGCCCGGGGUCCGGGCCGCGGCCCGGACGCGCUCCGGCGAUCAUCUGGCGGUCCUGGCGCCGGGGGAUGUGGCCGCGGCGGCCCUUGCCCAGAGUGGCCUGCCGCCGCGCCAGCGCCGGUGGGCCCUUGCGCAGCAUGCCCGGGCGGCGGUCCGGCCGGUGGGCCGGUCGCGCCUGUACCGGGCCUCGGACAAGCUGCAUGCCGUAUCCACGACGGCCAUUGUGGCGGGUCAGUCGUUCGGGCGGCCGAGCAGCAUGUGGCGCUUCCUUUCGUCCCAGGCGGUGGCCCUGCCGGGGGCCGAUGCCGCGAGCACGGUGCUGUCCAGCCGGGAGGCCCUGCUGUCGGCGCUGGACACGGUGGCCAUCCUCCCCCGGAGGCCCAUCAGCCCUGAUGCCCUGGCGGCCUUGCGCCGGCUGGAAUUCGACGGGGCCCGGGGCCAGGCGGCGCGCUUCACCGCCAUCGGCAUCCUGGCGGCCGAUGUCCUGGCCAAUGCCAAGGACCAAUUGGGCGCCAAUCCGAUGGACAGCUACCGCCCGGAGGAGGCUCCCUUCCCCGGGCUGAAUGACAGCACCCCGCGUACUCGGACCCGGGUGCGGCUCUUGCAGCUGGCGCACUUUAGCACGGCCCUGCAGCAGGACCCCACCACCCGGCACUUGGCCCUGUCCAUGACCGACAUGGCCAUCCUGCUGGACAGGGCGCGCACCACCGUGCAAGAGUCCCUCGGGCGCAAUAUGCCGGACUUCCGGUCGCCCAUGAGCCAGCAGCACCCCUGGCGGCAGGAGGCCCUGGAACUGGCCCGGCAGGGGGUCCCCCUGGCCGAGGUGAGCCGGCGCUUGAAUCGGCCCGUGGAGACACUGCGGCGGGCCCUGUCGCACUUGGCGCCGGAAUACCUGGUGGAAAUGGAGACGGCCCAGGCCGCCCGGAGGGCGGAAAGCCGCGCGGAGGUCAUCGCCCUGGCCACCGGGCCGUCGAGCCACACGCACAGCAUCAGCAGCAUCGCCCGGCAGACGGGGAUUUCGAUGUACCACGUCCGGUCCAUUUUGCAGGCCGAGUGCCCGGAGUUCGUGAUGCUGCGGUCGGUGUCGUCGGAGCAGCGGGCCCAAAUCCGCGCCCUGCUGCUGGCCAGCCCCCAGGAGUAUGCCAUCACCAAGUCCAAGACGCUGGCCGGCCUGGUCAGUGACACCGGCAUUCCGGAGCGCAUUUUGCUGGUGGCCCUGCGCCAGGCGGCCCUGGACCAGACAUGCCCGCUGGCCUCGCGGGCGCGGGAACUCCUGGCCACGGUGUCGCCGGUGUCGGCCGCCGAACUGCCCCCCGUGGCCCCGGCUGUCGAUGGCGCUCCGCCCGGCCAGGGGCCCGUGGCGGCUGGGGCGGACACCUCCCUGCUCAAGGCCCCGGCUGCGCCCGGCGGCCGGAAGGCCGCCUCGCCGCAGCUGAUCGCCGAAAUCGUGCACCUGGCCCGGCAAACCACGGUGACCGUGGUCCACACCCCGACCGCCGAGUACCACCUGACGCGGCGUGCCACCAUGGAGGAGAUCGCCAACCAGCUGGGCUGCUCCUUCACCGUGGUCCGGCAGACCAUCAACCGUCUGGUGCCGGAGUUCGCGAAGUCCGGCGCGCGCUGUCCCUCGCUGGAGGCCUACGUCCUGGACUUGGCCCUUCAGACUUCGCCGAAGCUGUCGCUGUCGGAAAUCAGCCGCCGCGCGGGGUUCAGCCGCUCGGCCAUCAACGCCAUCCUGGCUCGCGUCCUGCCGGCAGCCGACUAG